GUAAUUACGUUGCGUUGAAACAAAUUCUUCAAUAAUUGGUUUAAUUGUUUCGUUCAUUUUGGUGGUAAUCUUUGUUGUCUCCCUCUAUGGUGGACGUAGUUGCGUGGUUUCUGCAUUUUGCUUGGGAAGUCCCUGCCAAAAGAGCAUCAUUUUCUUAGAAUAACAUUGUGGUUGUGGUUUAAUAAUAUCUACGGUUGCUCUGAAGCUUAUCGUAAGUCGCAAUAACAGUCGUCCGAUUACCGAGGAAACUGGUUUCCGAAUAUUGGUGUUCAGUUUAUCUAACCUUGACGGAAAAAAGUGACAUGCAAGUCUCAACUCGGUAAAUAACAGUUUCCAUGCGCUGACGUCAUAUUCUCGAAUACAAGGGGAAAUACCAUUCUUUAUAGAGAUUAUUUGUUUUAAUAUUUUGUUUCGAUCAGUUCGUUUCUGAGUCAGCUGCAGUUCACACGUCGCUUGUUGUUUAUUGUUUCCACCCUGAGAAUACUAUAAUAAAACUACAGUAUAGGCUAGAUACUCCUACAAAUGGAUACCUCAGCGUUGUUGGCGCCAAUUAAUUAUAAUUGGUCCUGGAGCAACCAGAAACAACCUGAGAUGAGUUUUCCCAAUAUACCAACACCACCUUCGAGCAGUGGAGACUCCCCCAAACCAAUUUAUUAUGUAGCAGGGAACAACUCAAAUCAGUUCCAGAUGGAUGAGUCAUCAAUAUCGUCCCUGCUUAACGCGGAUGCCGUUAUGACAGAUAGUGAUGUUAAAUAUCAGCCACAUUUGGUGAUAGUCGAACAGCCUGUGGACAAGUUUAGAUUUAGGUAUAAAUCGGAAAUGGCCGGCACACAUGGGAGUUUGAAUGGCAUGAAUUCAGAUAAAACUAGGAAGCAAACUUAUCCAACUGUUGAACUGAAGAAUUUUACAGGAAAGGCCAUCAUUCGCUGCUCAAUUUAUCAGAUAAAUGCUGAUAAUGGAAUGAUGCCCCAUGCUCAUCGCUUGAUCAAAAAGUACGGCAAGGACGAGGUCGACGACCCCCACGACAUGGUGGUGGGUGAGGAAGAAGGAUACGUCGCCGCCUUCCACUCGAUGGGUAUAAUCCACACGGCCAAGAAAAACAUAGUCAGCGAGCUGGUCAAAAAGAAAACCGAAUUGAAAAAGGAACAGGUGGCGAGGGUCGAAAAUAAAAUCAGGGAGCUGACGAAACGUGAGGAAAUGGAGAUCAAGCAGGACGCGGAGAACGAAUCGAAGUGUAUAAAUUUGAACAUAGUCCGUCUGAAGUUCGAGGCAUUCAUUAAGCUGAACGGUAUCCUUCAUCCGAUCUGCGAACCGGUUUUGUCGCACGGCAUCAACAAUUUGAAGAGUGCACUCACCGGUGAGCUCAAAAUCGUCCGAAUGGAUCACUGCACGAGUCCUGCGAAAGGCAACAGGGAAAUUUUCAUACUGGUGGAAAGAGUAACCAAAAAGAACGUCAAAAUUCGUUUCACCGAACUGGACGACGAGGAUCAGGUGAUCUGGGAAGAUUACGGACGGUUCAGCGAUCUGGACGUACAUCACCAGUACGCGAUAGUCUUCAAAACACCCGCCUAUAAAGACGUGAACAUUACCAGUAAGGUCAAGGUGAACAUUGAACUUAUAAGGCCUUCAGAUGGUGCCCGCAGCGAACCGAAGGAAUUUACCUAUGUACCGUGCGAUAACAUUUACAGACCUGGCAAGAGGGCCAGAACAAGCUGUAGCGCAAGCAACAGCUACAGUUACGACAGUUCCAAUUUGCCAAGCAAUGAAUUACCUGCCGUUUUAAAUACUGGCGUGAAUAGUUGGGAAAAUCCGGUUCUGUUGAAUAGCAGGGAAUUGGAAAACGUUCGUGAUGAAAUCAACAGCGAAGAUUUUAACAGAGUCUAUGAGUGGGCAAUGACUCACAUGGACAAUGAUAUAUAUAACCAAACUGCAGAAGGCUUGGCCAGUCAAGACAUUUGUACUGAUGGUGUGGCACUUUCCAACAUGUACAAUGGGUUGUCCAUAGUGAAAAUGGAAAUUUCGACGUCAGAAAAAAAUAAGGCUCUAGACGCAUAUAAUGAAAUUCAAAACUUUAUUAAAACCAAACCGUCGGUGGAAAGAAUAAAGGGCUUGUUGCACCAUUAUUUUGGCAAUGAGGGAGAAACCAACCCCCUCCACAUAUUUAUUUUAGAAAACAACCACAACUAUGGCAUAUACAUAAUAAGAUUAAUUUGUCAGUUCAAGGAGUGCGAACUUUUCAAUAGAACCGACUCCCAUGGACAAACUGCGUUACACCUGUCUGUAAUGUGUAACAAUUUAGUGUUCACCAAAAUGUUGUUAGACUUCAUGCUUGACCCCAGCGUGGAGGACCAUCACCAGAACACACCAUUACAUGUGGCCUGCAAAAAUAAAGCGGCCAUAGAAAUUCUGGAGCUUCUGAUUAAGUUUUGUAGGAAGAACAUCGACGCCACCAACAACAACGGUGAUACACCGCUGAUUCUGGCAAUAGAACAAAAAUAUUUACCUGCAAUAAAAUUGUUGUUGCAAAACGGCGCCAAUAUUAACAAACAGCACAACAACAACGGGUUCACGCCCCUCAGAUUCGCCAUUGAGAAAGAUUAUUUAGAAGGCGUUCGGUAUAUUUUGGGCCACGAGAAGCUGGUGGUGACGUUACAGAAAGACUUCAGUGGAAUGAACGCCCUACAAGCAGCACUUUUAAACAAUUCCACCGACCAAGAAAUAAUCAAAGAAGUCAGGAAUUAUUUGACCUGCAACAAAAUUAACUUUGAAAUCAAAGAGGAGGACUACGAAUCGGAUGAGAUGGAAAUUGAUUUUGACGACAAGGCGGAAGUAAAGGAGGAAAUCAACGAAAGUGAAUUAGAAAUUAUGUAUAACAAAGUAAAGUACUUCACGCCAUCUGCGCUGGAUCAAGUUGCCACUCUUAUUGAUAGUGGCGGUACCUGCGAUUACUUGGCGGAAUUACUGGAACUCGAUCACUUGAUUAGAUGCGGAAUUCUGAAAGUCAACGAAAGUGUGAGCAAGUCCUUGCUGAAAUAUGCUGUUGAAAAGAACAGGGACAGUCUGUGGGUGAUCAGGAAUUUUCUGCAAAGUUUGGAACAACCAGCAGCCGUGUCGGUUAUGGACGACAUGGUGAGAGAAUGUUACAAUAGAAUAUAAAAUGCACUUGUUAAAGUUGUAAAUAUUUCCAAAAAUUAUUUUUAAGAAAAUCUGUUUAAGUUUGUCUAUUUGUAUAACAUAUAAAAUUGUAAAUAAAUAUUAUUUGUCCUA